AUGGAUAUCGUUAAUAACAAUGGUUCUUUUGUGACACGCACUACUGUUUCCCGUCCCAUUCCGUUUGAGCGCUAUCGUAAACCGUGCAUCGCCACUUACCCGAGAAGUGCCGUUUUUCUCAACAAGCGCCGCGCGAAUGAGCUACAUUGCAGUGGCGCACCCGGAAAUGAAAAUGGAAGUGAUGACAAUGCGUCUUCCCUCGCCUUUGGUGAAGAUAAUGGAAAGAAUGAGGCGGCAGACGAUGACGACCCGCUGAACAUCGACCCAGAAACAAUGCUUUGCUCCGAUGAGCAACUAAAACAAGUGCUUGCUCUCCGCUGGCGCGACGUUGGUCCUAACGGAUGCGGGUUGCAGAACAUGGGAAAUACAUGCUUUAUCAAUUGCGUGCUUCAAGCGAUAGCGUAUACACCUGCUCUUUCGCAAUACUUUUCGACUACUUUCCGUUCUCCACACACAGACCGGGUGUUGAAUGCGCCAUUUGACUACGCUUAUGCUUUGGGAGAGACAAUUCGUAAAAUACACACUCCUUCGAGAAACGCAUAUAAACCAACCGUAAUCAUCAGCAACAUUAAGGUGCUUUCACCACACUUUCGCCUUGGAGUGCAAGGUGACGCGCAUGAAUUUGCCGUGCACCUGCUGCAUGCGUGCCACCGUUCAAUUUUGUUUAGGCAAGUGGGUUCUCGUAAGCUGCCGCAACACAUCGAACAAACUUCGACAUUACAGCGGAUCGUUGGUGGUUACCUUCGUUCCACUGUCACUUGGAGUAGGCGGGAGGAGAUUCAUUACUUGUUAAAGGAGGGGAACCUUCAGGAAGCAAGUAACUUAAAGAUGAACGCGAAUUCGCGCAAAAGUGAUAGUGAUGAUGGACACAAGGAACUCAUCUCCAACACAUAUGAUCCAUUUGUGACGCUUAGCCCAGAGAUCUGUGGUCAAACGCUCGAACACUGUUUGUCCAAACUCUGCGCGAAGGAAAGGUUGGAGGGACGGGUGUAUAUAACGCCUCGCGGCGUUACCGUGAACGCUACUAAACAAUUUAUGUUGCAUAAGUUACCGAAUGUUUUAAUUAUCCAUUUGAAACGUUUCAAUGAGUUCGGGGCGAAGGUUGGGAAGUUUGUACGAUACCCGAAGAUACUGAACGUGGGGCCCUUUUGCACGACCGAUGGAACGUUGAAAAAGCUACGUAACCACAAGAGGAGGGGUUACAAGCCCUCGAAUGGUCCCGCUAGUUGUGACAGCAGCAUUUAUAAUAGCGAAGCGAGCAAUAGGUCAGUUGAGUGCCUAUACGAAUUGAACGCCAUUUGUGUCCACCAGGGUUCCUCGCUCUCCCAUGGGCACUACUUCAGUGUUGUUCGCGCACGCAAUGAAUCGUGGAUUGAGUGCAAUGAUGGCCACAUUUCACAUUGCAGCGAGGACCAUGCCCUAUCGCAGUCAGCGUAUAUGCUUUUCUACUCCCGAGUAGCGGAAAGCUCUGCCACGCCCGAUAUCAAGUGCAGUCGAGACAAUCAUACAACACACAGGGGCAUGGAACUAUCAUCGGGUCGUGUUAAACCCUUUACGGGAAGUACACCACGUAAAAUAGUGGGUGAGUGCCCUACUAGCGAUGUAGGUCGUGAGUUAACCGACCAAGAGGCGCUACGACUUAUUGGAAAGAAGAGAGAAGUACCCCAGCAGCAGUUAGUACAGACGAACGGUGAGAAGAGAGUUCAACAUGUUGGUCUUCCAGCUAGGUUGAAAGGACUCAACACCAAGUCGUCAUCAUCUACUGCUGUACGGGACAACAGCUCCAACAACUCACUGUGGAGUGAACAGGAGACGUGUUCAUCUUCCUACGCUUCCUCGGCGGCUUUCGACAGAGAAGAGAAUUCAGUUUGUUCUUCUCGGAAGAAUAGUGCACCCGACAGAUAUUGCGGAAUAGUGAAAGCCCUAAAGGUAAACGGGUCGAGGGAUGUUGGAAAGGGAGGGACUUCUCCAACUGACCCUUUGGGGGGCCACAGAAGCAGCGUUGUGGGGGAGGAGGUGUUGAGGGCUAUGGAAAAGCAUAAGCUGGAGGCUCCAUUGACUGUUAUGCGUCAACCCCAUGCGCCAAAGUUUCGACAGCAAGUGCGAGAUCCUUUGUGGGAGCAGGAGAUGGAUCGUGGCCGUACAAAGCGAUCAAGGUUGAAGCGGGAUGAAAGCACGGAUGAGGAGAACAAAUUUCAGAAGGCAGACAUUGGGUUUGACAGCCGUGGAAGGCGUCUCCUGAACCAACGAAAUGAACGAGCUAACGGCCGGAGUUUCGCCCACGGAAAAUUCUCGUAA